UAAAUUUGAAUAAACAAAACAGGUUUGCUGAAAAUAAAACCAGGACUCCUCAACUGCUCUAGCCAGCCUGCUUCCACAGGGCCCUGCCUGUCAGCCUGUACAGCACCUUGCUGGGCGAGCGGCAUCUGGCAUCCGGCAUGUACCAGGUGGUUGCCUUCUUAGCAGUAGUCAUGGGAGCACAUGCCCUCAAUCUGCGGCUUCAGAAAGACUGCAUCCUCUGGCCCAACUGCUUCCCCAGCCAAGGACAGGACCCCACCGAAGAGCUGCUGAAGUUGGACACGGUGCGCAUGCCUCCCCCAGAGGCUGGCAGCCUUGCCCGCCACCCAGUGACCUGCAGGGCCAGUGAAGAUGGACCCCUCAACAGCAGGUCCAUCUCCCCCUGGAGAUAUGAGUUGGACAGGGACUUGAACCGGCUCCCCCAGGACCUGUACCACGCCCGCUGCCUGUGUCCACACUGUGUCAGCCUGCAGACAGGCUCCCACAUGGACCCCCUGGGCAACUCGGAGCUGCUCUACCACAACCAGACCGUCUUCUAUCGCCGGCCAUGCCCUGGAGAGCGCGGUGCAAGUGAUGGCUACUGCCUGGAGCGCAGGCUCUACCGUGUCUCCUUGGCUUGCGUGUGCGUGCGGCCCCGUGUGAUGGCCUAGUCACGCUGCCCGCGGCUGGGCCCCAGUGGAACGCUGGAGCUGGUGUGCAACUGUCUACUGGGGUGAGCCCGGACGCCGCAGUGCUCACCCCUCCGAAGUAUCACCUGGCGCAGCAGGAUCAUGGGACAGGAUGGGAACUUUAGAGGAAAACACACUUCGUACUUUCUGGAGUGGAUGGGAAAUGCAGGCGAAGUGAACUGAGCAGUGGCUGCAGUGGCCUCUGGAAGCUGGUGUCCGGUAUCCUGGCAUUUCUUCUCAAAAAGGCUUCAAAGCUCUGCCCGUUCGUGGAGGCCACCGCCCCAUCUCUUCCCUUCCUUCCACCCCAGCUGUCAUCGUGAGCACAGGCACUUUCUCGAUAUUUCCCCCCUUGCGAACAGAGAGCCCCUCAUUUCAUUUAUUUGCUCAUUUGUUCAUUCACUCAUUCAUUCAUUCACCCAUCAAACACUCAACAAAUACGUUACUGGUCUUCUGACAUGGGUGACUCUGAG